AUGGACUGCAGCACCAGGACUGAGGAAGCAGGAAGACCAGACCGAGAUCCAGACCAAGACCCAGGAGACUCCAGGUCUGAAGUUUACGCAUCUGCUGCACCAUGGAUCUCUCAGACGCUCUCGGAGGAUGGCCUUCAGACGGAAAACAAUCAGGAGGAGCAGGAGGACCGUGGCCAGGGCAGCCCGCCAACCCCUCCUGGCCUGGGGGUCAACCCUCUAACCCCACCUGGCCUGGAGGUCAACCCUCUAACCCCACCUGGCCUGGGGGUCAACCCUCUAACCCCACCUGGCCUGGAGCUCCCUCAGGUCCCUCAGCACCCUCUGGUCCAGGCUGGCCUGCUCCCACGCAGCCAUCUGGUCCAGGCUGGCCUGCUCCCACGCAGCCCUCUGGUCCAGGAUGGCCAUCGGGUCCCUCAGGCCCCUCUCAGCCCUCAAACCCCACCUGGCCUUCUCCCACUCAGCCCACAGACGAUGCCGUAUUCUCACAAGUUUCACUCUGGACUCGAGGACAAAACUCUCAUCACCAUCGCAGGCACCAUCAAACCUCACGCCAACAUGUUCAUGGUGGACUUUCGCUCUGACUCCGAUCUCGUGUUUCACUUCAAUCCUCGCUUUAACGAGUCCGGACGACAGGUGAUUGUCAGGAACAGCGAGAUCGGGAGGAAGUGGGGGAAAGAAGAGAGAGACCUGCCACGCUUCCCAUUCACACCAGGACAGGCUUUUGAGAUGAAGAUCAUGGUGACACGUGACUCCUUCAAAGUGGCGGUGAACAACUCCCACCUGCUGGAGUUCAAACACAGAGAGGGGAAUCUCCACAAAAUCCACCACAUGGCCAUACACCAUGACGUGGUGCUGUCCAGGGUUACCGUGGAGAAUCUGCCAUAA